CUUUUUCUUCCUAAACCCAAUCCCGCCCGCUCCCCUUUUCCCGACCGACCGACCAAAGAUACCCUAAACCCCACUCUCACUCUUUCUCUCUCCCCAUCUCCCCUCAUCUCUCCCCACUCUGGUUCUCUCUCUCCUUUGCACUCCACACUCGACCCCGGCGCCUCGCUCUCUCUCGGGAGGAGGACGACGAGGACAAAGAGGAGGUGGUGCCGUGGUGGCGAUAUCCAGGGUUUCCCCUCUCUCAAUUGGGUCCGAACUCCAAAUCCCGCCUCCCUCACCCCGACGCACACUCGCAUAGAAACCCUAGACCCCACUCGUCCUUGACUCCUCGGUCACCAUCGGCCAAGGCCCUCUUACACCCUCUCUCCGUCCUCUUGUAUCGUACGGGUCCGAACUCCUAACCGCGCUCGGCCCACUCUCGUGAGGACGACAACAAGUCGAGGAGCAGGUGGUGGCGAUAUCUAGGGUUUGCUCUCCUUUUGAGCACCAAAGCUCUUGUUGGAUCCGCAGCUUCAGUUGUUGUUCUUGUGCAUCGUCAUGUCCCGUUGAAUCUGCCUCCAAAUUCCAUCAACUAUACCGUAUAAACCAUAGUCGAUGUGCUAAUAAAGUUGGCCUCUUAAACCUCAAAAACUCUUCCCUUGGUUUCCAACAGGAGAAAGUCCCUCCGUCUUCUUUGAGCUGAUAGGAAAUGGAGGCCGAUCACUCACCAGAACGCAACAAGCUCCCUGAACUCAAAUUAGAUGCCAGGCAAGCCCAGGGUUUUAUUUCUUUUUUCAAGAACCUGCCACAAGAUGCUAGGGCUGUGCGGUUCUUCGAUCGACGGGAUUAUUAUACUGCUCAUGGUGAGAAUGCAACCUUCAUCGCGAGGACAUAUUACCACACUACUACAGCUUUGCGACAGUUGGGUAAUGGUCCAGAGGGAAUAUCCAGUGUGAGCAUAAGUAAAAAUAUGUUUGAGACGAUCGCUCGCGACCUUUUGCUAGAAAGAACAGAUCACACACUGGAGCUCUAUGAGGGUAGUGGAUCAAAUUGGAGGUUGACUAAAACUGGCACACCUGGCAACAUUGGUAGUUUUGAAGAUGUGCUGUUUGCAAACAAUGAGAUGCAGGAUUACCCUGUCACUGUUUCACUGUUUCCUAUAUUCCGCGAAAACCAGUGCACAAUAGGGCUAAGUUUCGUGGAUAUGACUAAGAGAAAGCUUGGUGUGGCGGAGUUUCUUGAUGAUAGCCAGUUCACAAACCUUGAAUCAGUAUUGGUUGCUCUUGGUUGUAAAGAGUGUCUUCUUCCUAUGGAAAGUGGGAAGACCAGUGAUUUCAAGCUUCUUCAUGAUGCUCUUUCCAGAUGCAAUGUUCUUGUCACUGAACGGAAAAAGUCUGAAUUCAGAUCGAGAGAUUUGGUGCAGGAUCUUGGUAGGAUAGUCAGAGGAGCAAUUGAACCAGUUCGUGAUCUACUCUCCGAAUUCGAAUAUGCUUUAGGUGCAUUGGGGGCUUUGAUGUCCUAUAUGGAGUUACUUUCAGAUGAUAGUAAUUAUGGAAAUUACAGCAUUGAAAAGUACAAUUUGGACAGCUACAUGAGACUGGAUUCAGCUGCAAUGCGAGCAUUAAAUGUUUUAGAGAGCAAGACUGACUUAAACAAAAAUUUUAGUUUGUUUGGCCUAAUGAAUAGAACCUGCACUGCUGGCAUGGGAAAGCGGCUUCUUAAUCGGUGGCUCAAACAACCAUUAUUAGAUGUGAAUGAGAUCAACUGCAGGCUGAAUUUGGUUCAGGCAUUUGUGGAGGAUGCAGAGCUUCGUCAAGGACUGAGGCAACACCUGAAAAGAAUUUCAGAUAUUGAGCGUUUGACACAUAUCCUGAAAAAGAAAUCAGCUAAUUUGCUGCCAGUGAUAAAACUAUAUCAGUCAGGCAUUAGACUUCCACACAUCAAAGAUGUUCUGGAGCAUUGUGAAGGGCAGUUUUCACCAUUAAUAAGGAGCCGGUAUAUUGAAACUUUAAAAUUUUGGAUGGAUGAGGAUCGGUUGGGCAAGUUUAUUGCUCUUGUUGAGGUUUCUAUUGACCUCGAUCAACUAGAGAAUGGUGAAUACAUGAUAUCUCCUAACUAUGAUCCCGACUUGGCUGCACUGAAGGACGAGCUUAAUGCAAUUGAGCAUCAGAUAGACAAUUUGCAUAAGCAAACAGCAAAUGAUCUUGAUCUUCCUCUUGAUAAGGCAUUGAAGUUAGAAAAAGGAACGCAAUUUGGACAUGUUUUUAGGAUCACAAAGAAAGAAGAGCAGAAAGUAAGAAAAAAGCUCAGUACUCAUUACAUUGUUCUGGAAACUAGAAAGGAUGGAGUGAAGUUUACAAACUCCAAGCUUAAAAAGUUAGGAGAUCAAUAUCAAAAGAUACUUAGCGAGUACACAAGUUGUCAGAAAGGUAUUGUUGCUCGAGUAGUUGAUACUUCAGCUACAUUUUCGGAGGUGUUUGAAGCUCUUGCUGGGGUUCUUUCAGAGCUUGAUGUUUUGUUAAGCUUUGCUGACUUGGCAACCAGUUGUCCAAUACCAUAUGUAAGACCAGAUAUCACGCCCUCGGAUGAAGGGGAUAUUAUACUUGAAGGAAGCAGGCACCCUUGUGUGGAGGCUCAAGAUGGUGUGAAUUUUAUUCCUAAUGAUUGCACUCUUGUCCGUGGUAAGAGCUGGUUUCAGAUAAUCACUGGGCCUAACAUGGGUGGUAAAUCAACCUUUAUACGACAGGUCGGUGUGAAUGUGCUGAUGGCACAGGUUGGUUGCUAUGUUCCAUGUGAUCGGGCAAGUGUUAGCAUUCGAGAUUGCAUUUUUGCACGAGUUGGGGCUGGUGAUUGCCAGCUUCGUGGAGUUUCCACCUUCAUGCAAGAAAUGCUUGAAACUGCAUCCAUCUUAAAAGGUGCCUCAGAGAAGUCACUCAUAAUUAUUGAUGAAUUGGGCCGUGGUACAUCUACAUAUGAUGGAUUUGGUCUUGCUUGGGCAAUAUGUGAGCACCUUGUUGAUGAGACCAAAGCACCGACUUUAUUUGCAACUCAUUUUCAUGAAUUGACUGCAUUGGCUCAUGCCAAUGGUCAUGAGUCUCACAGCUCCUCCCGCUGCGGAGUGGCAAACUAUCAUGUUGGGGCUCACAUAGAUCCAUCAAGUCGCAAGUUAACGAUGCUUUAUAAGGUCGAACCUGGUGCUUGCGAUCAAAGUUUUGGUAUUCAUGUGGCAGAGUUUGCUAACUUUCCUGAAGCUGUUGUUACUCUUGCAAGAAGCAAAGCUGAGGAGUUAGAAGAUUUUUCCUCUACACCUGUAUGUGAAAAUUCAAAAGAAGAGGUCGGAUCGAAACGCAAGAGAGUAUUUUCCCCAGACGACUUGGCUAGAGGGGCAGCUCGCGCUCAUCGUUUCUUGCGGGAUUUCUCUUCUUUGCCUUUGGAUCAGAUGGACUUCAACAAGGCCAUGAGACAUGUUAGCCAACUCAGAUCUGAUCUGGAGAAAGAUGCAGCUAGCAUUCCGUGGCUUCAGCAGUUCUUCUAACUCGGAAGUGGCGUAAAUACAUGAAACUGUAUUUUCUUUCUUUUUGGGUGUGGUGAUGCAGGAUUUGUGAAUCCUGCUGUAUUUAGUUAUUUUUGUGAAUGUUUAUCAUCCUGAUACUUUCUAGUGUUAUUUAAGGAUGAAAUGGUGCCUACAAUUUAGGGGAAAUGUGCCAGAGCAUGCCUGAACAUUUGCUCAGUUGUAUAUAAUCAUCGAAACUUUAAACUGAAUGAGCAGCAUGAACUCUGUAAUUGUUUCAAGCAAACUGUCCAGCCCUAAAUUCUGUUGAUUUUUCUUAUUAUCUUCAAUCAAAUAAAAAGACAAAUUACUCGAAUGCCCCCUCUGACUGCUUGGAUAAUUUUAUGGGUAAUUCGGUCAUUUGGUCUCAUGUGAUUGGAGAUAAAGAGAAUAUCAAUGAUCUGGGCUAGGCGGUUUAUCGCAAUAAUUACGAAGUUUGUGCUUCUUAUUUUUGUUUUUCUGAAGUUUGGGUGGCACUCUAUGGUUGAGCUAAUGUUCUGGGGCCUGGCGUAUGUUUUCCUCUUAAAUUUUGUGCAUAUUUUACUGCAGAUCCGGUCAAGGUAGAUACUUACAAGUGCUGUACAACCAUGUAGCAGAUUCUGUCGUCGACUAGGGAACGAACUAGGGGGUGCUGUGGGCCUCGAGAUCGUGGUCUACUAGCUUUUCUUUGUUGUC